AUGUAUCCACAUCUUCCGUUUAGAGGCCUUUUUUUGCAAGUCUUCCCAUGGGACAACAAGCAGGUAAAACGGCUACGGCAGAAUAGCAACGUAGAGCAUGACAUUUCGAUCUUCUGGGUUCCCCGGCGUACCCUUGUAAGCAACCAGAUUCUCGAAGAAGCCGGCGUCAUCGGAGACGUAAACAUCGCCGAGUUGCCUCUGUAUUUUCUGCCGCUGGAGCAGGAUGUGCUGUCACUGGAGCUGGAAGACUCCUUUGGCGAUCUGUAUUUGCACAAGGAUCCUGGGUGCAUCUUUCUUGCAGCCAAGGCCUUGAUGCAAAUUCAGCAGAGGCACGGCUACUUUCCUCGCAUCGUCGGAAAAGGUGAUAAUGCACGGCGCCUGGCCGAUCUUCUGGUCCGCAUGAGAAAGGAGGUAGAGGCGGAAGAGUCUUCGGCAUCAAGUAAUGGCUUCGGGAAACAAAGUCUACCAAGCGCGUCGAUCGAGAAUCUGAUCAUCAUCGACCGUGAGGUCGACUUUGGCACUCCUCUUCUGACGCAGCUCACCUAUGAAGGACUGAUAGAUGAGUUCGUUGGAAUCAAAAACAACCAGGCUGAUGUCGAUUCGAGUAUUAUGGGCCCAGCCGCUCAGCCGCCCUCUUCUCAGGCGUCGUCCUCCGCGUCGCAGACGGCGGCAAAGCAGAGUCUUAAGCGGAAGAUUCAGCUGGAUUCUUCCGAUCAGCUCUUCAGCCAACUCCGAGAUGCAAACUUUGCCAUUGUUGGCGACAUCCUGAAUAAGGUGGCGCGCCGCUUGGAAAGCGACUACGAGAGCCGUCAUUCGGCCAAGACAACCUCGGAGCUUCGCGAAUUCGUAAACAAAUUGCCGGCGUAUCAACAGGAACAUCAAAGCCUAAAAGUCCAUACAAACCUGGCUGAGGAUAUCAUGCGCCAGACGCGUUCAGACAUAUUCAGAAAGGUCCUUGAAGUCCAACAAAAUAAUGCCGCUGGUUCCGAUCCAACCUAUCAGCAUGAGAAUAUCGAAGAGCUUAUUGCACGGGAUGUGCCAUUAAAGACAGUUCUUCGUCUACUAUGUCUGGAGUCCUGCAUGUCUGGAGGGCUUCGACCGCGAGAUUUGGAGAAUUUCAAGAAACUGAUAUUACAGGCCUAUGGAUAUCAACACCUGCUAACCUUCCGCUCCCUGGAGAAGAUGGAGCUCCUGCAGCCUCGUUCCUCGGCCACUGCUGCUUUACUGCCUGGCGGAGGUGCCAGCGCGGGGACGAAAACGAAUUAUUCGUAUCUUCGGAAGCAUCUUCGACUCGUAGUCGAGGAGGUCAGCGAGAAGGAUCCCAAUGAUAUAGCCUACGUCUACAGCGGGUUUGCCCCGUUGAGUGUCCGACUGGUGCAAUGCGUCCUUCAGAAACCGUACAUUCUGUCGCUGACCAAAGGCGGAUCAGCCCCAGCGGCUGUCAAUAGCGCCAGCGCGGCAUCCCCGGGAUGGAUCGGCUUCGAAGACGUGGUAAAGAGCGCACGAGGCGCGACAUUCAGCGUCGUCCAAAAGGGCGACGACAAAGCGGCCCGGGCGAGACAGACCUUGAGUGGCACCGGAGGGCCGAAGAUGGUCUAUGUCUUCUUCCUCGGUGGGAUCACCUUCACCGAGAUAGCGGCAUUGCGCUUCAUCGCCCGCCAGGAGUCGCUGCAGCAGAGGAAGAUCGUCAUCUGCACGACGAGUAUCAUUAGCGGGGAUCGAAUGAUGGAAGCCGCCAUGGAGAAGGGCAGCUUCGCAGCAAAGACAGCGUAG